UGUCGCCCGGCGCCAUGCGAGGCCUCGGGCCAAGCCUGAAGGCUCAGCGCCUCUUCCCGCUGCGGCUCCCGCCGCGGCCGUCGCGGCCGCCUGGACCCCGGCUGGCGAGCGGGGGCCGGCCGGCCGGCGCUCUAGAGCGGGCCAUGGACGAGCUGUUGCGCCGCGCCGUGCCCCCCACGCCAGCCUAUGAGCUGCGUGAGAAGACGCCGGCGCCCGCCGAAGGCCAGUGCGCAGACUUCGUGAGCUUCUACGGCGGCCUGGCCGAAGCGGCCGAGCGCGCCGAGCUGCUGGGCCGCCUGGCGCAGGGCUUCGGCGUGGACCACGGCCAGGUGGCCGAGCAGAGCGCCGGCGUGCUCCAGCUCCGCCAGCAGCCGCGGGAGAUGGCCGUAUUGCUGCAGGCCGAGGACCGGCUGCGUUAUGCCCUGGUGCCGCGCUACCGUGGCCUCUUCCACCACAUCAGCAAGCUGGACGGAGGCGUGCGCUUCCUGGUGCAGCUGCGGGCAGACCUGCUCGAGGCGCAGGCGCUCAAGCUGGUGGAGGGUCCGCACGUCCGGGAAAUGAAUGGCGUGCUGAAAGGCAUGCUGUCCGAAUGGUUCUCCUCUGGCUUCCUGACCCUGGAGCGGGUCACCUGGCAUUCGCCCUGUGAAGUGCUACAGAAAAUCAGCGAGGCGGAGGCUGUGCACCCGGUGAAGAGCUGGAUGGACAUGAAGCAGCGCGUGGGGCCCUACAGGCGGUGCUACUUCUUCUCCCACUGCUCAGCCCCGGGGGAGCCCCUGGUGGUCCUGCAUGUGGCACUGACGAGCGACGUCUCCAGCAACAUCCAGGCCAUAGUGAAGGAGUGCCCUCCGUCCGAGAGCGAGGAGAAGAACAGGAUCGCCGCGGCCGUGUUCUACUCCAUCAAUCUCACCCAGCCAGGCCUGCAGGGUGUGGAGCUGGGCACCUUCCUCAUAAAGCGGGUGGUGAAGGAACUGCAGAAAGAGUUUCCUCACCUGGGGGCGUUUUCCAGUCUGUCUCCUAUCCCUGGAUUCACCAAGUGGCUUCUAGGGCUCCUGAGCACACAGGCCAAGGAGCCAGGGAAGAGCGAGCUGCUCACAGAGCCGGAGUGCAGAGACAUCUCCGAGCUCACAGGCGGGCCCGCCCACGAGACCCUCAGGGGCCUGCUCAGCAGCAGUGACUGGGUGAAGUCUGAGAAGCUGGUCAGGGCCCUCCAGGCCCCCUUGAUGAGGCUCUGCGCCUGGUACCUGUACGGGGAGAAGCACCGGGGCUACGCCCUGAACCCCGUGGCCAACUUCCACCUGCAGAAUGGGGCCGUGAUGUGGCGCCUCAACUGGAUGGCUGACUCCAGCCUCAAGGGCAUCACCGGCUCGUGUGGCCUGAUGGUAAACUACCGGUACUUCCUGGAGGAGACGGCCACCAACAGCACCGCCUACCUGGGCUCCAAGAACAUCAAAGCUUCCGAGCAGGUGCUCAGCCUGGUAGCCCAGUUUCAGAAGAACAGCAAGCUUUAAAGCCCAGGGCUCCUGAGGCAGAUGCCCCGGCCCGAAAGGGGUCAUACCCUGGGAGGGUCGGGCAUGGAGGGCCUGAACCCUAGGACUCUGCAGCAGGUCACCCUGGGAGGCUGUGCCCAGACAGCGCUGAGCGAGGUGAUAGUGGGUGCUGGUGGACUCUGACUGGGUGGGGAGUCUGUGCUCUCUCCAGAAGAUUCUGUCGCUGCCUUUGGCCUAGCUCCCUCCCCAGGGUGGGUGUUGUGGCGCCAGUGCCUUUAGAAAGUUCUAGUGUCUGCAGGCCGUUGUCCCGGGGGGGGGGGUGACCUUCAGCCUCACCAAGACCUGGUGGCCAGUGAGAGCAGAUUCUCCUUUGAACCUAGAAGAAAAAAGGGGGUGGUGGCUGUCUAUGUCCACCAGCUAAAUCACCGAGACUUGACUUCAGCCAUUGAACAUAAAAGGUGUGCUUGGGGCUUCAGCUGGGUGAUAGACUUGAAAACAACAGUGAUUCAAGUUCAUAAUGAACGUAAUGUUCCAGAACACUUUUGUUCUGUGACACAUUAAACGUGGUUAUUUAA